CAGCGCAGCAGUGGGGUUGCAGGUUGUGGAUGUGGCUUGAGUGUCUGUAUUAGAGCUGUUUCUCUCCUGCGUGUCAUUUACAAGUGUUGAUCGGAGCCUGUCUGCGCAUUGAGAUUUAGACACAGCUGAGCAUGGCCGAAGCCGGGAGCAACCAGAGCAGGUGCUCCAGCGUGCUCACCUGGGAGCAGGUGCGCCUCCUGGACGAAGUCAUGACCGAGGCCGUGCCUGUCCACGGCAGGGGCAACUUCCCCACCCUGGAGGUGCGGCUCAAGGACAUCGUCCAGAUGGUGCGGAGCCGCCUGGAGGAGAAGGGGAUCCGCGUCCGGGACGUUCGCUUGAACGGCUCCACCGCCAGCCACGUGCUGGUCCAGGACAACGGCUGGCUCUACAAGGACCUGGACGUCAUCUUCAGGGUGGACCUGCCCAGCGAGGCCGAGUUCCAGCUCGUCAAGGAGGUGGUUCUGGGCACGCUGCUGGACUUCCUGCCCGAGGGCGUGAACAAAGAGAAGAUCACCCCCACCACCCUCAAGGAGGCCUACGUGCAGAAGCUGGUGAAGGUGUGCACCGACCUGGACCGCUGGAGCUUGAUCUCGCUGUCCAACAACAACGGCAGGAACGUGGAGCUGAAGUUCGUCGACUCGAUCCGCCGGCAGUUCGAGUUCAGCGUGGACUCCUUCCAGAUCGUCCUGGACUCCCUGCUCUUCUACUACGACUGCGCCGAGAACCCCAUGUCCAAGCACUUCCACCCCACGGUCAUCGGGGAGAGCGUGUACGGCGACUUCGCGGUGGCCCUGGAGCACCUGAAGAACAAACUGAUCGCCACCAAGAACCCCGAGGAGAUCCGGGGGGGCGGGCUGCUGAAGUACUGCAACCUGCUCGUCCGGGACUUCAGGCCCACCGACGAGGAGAGGUUCAAGGCCCUGGAGCGCUACAUGUGCUCCCGCUUCUUCAUCGACUUCUCCGACAUCGUGGAGCAGCAGCGGAAGCUGGAGUCCUACCUCCAGAGCCACUUCGUGGGCGAGGAGAAGAGCAAGUACGACUACCUCAUGAUCCUGCGCAGGGUGGUGAACGAGAGCACCGUGUGCCUGAUGGGCCACGAGCGGCGGCAGACCCUGAACUUGAUCUCCCUCCUGGCCUUCCGGGUGCUGGCCGAGCAGAAUGCCAUCCCGGAUGCGUCCAGUGUCACCUGCUACUACCAGCCAGCCCCCUACGUCCGGGACCUGAACUUCAGCAACUACUAUGUUGCUUCCUGCAGCCAGUCUUAUCCCACCUGGCUGCCGUGCAACUGAAGGAGCAGAACUGAUUUGAGAUGAGGGGACCAGGAAUAAAAUAAAAGCUCCCCUUAUCGGUUGUGAACUGCAGAUGCAACACGGGACACAAUGCUCCUUCUCUCUCUCUCUCUUUCCUUCUUUGCUGCAGAGACGGUUCCAGACUCUUGGGCCCCAUCGUGGCGUUUGUCGUACUUUUGUUUCUCAAUAAAUCCUGUUCAAGUCUA